GCAGGGAGCGGUGUGUGAGCGGUGCUCCAUCCGCCUCGCUGCUUCCACGCUGCUCCUGCAGCGCUCCACGCCAGCAUGGCCCUGCUCGUCCACCUCAAGACAGUCUCGGAGCUGAGGGGCAGGGGUGAUCGGAUCGCCAAAGUGACUUUCCGAGGGCAAUCCUUCUACUCCCGGGUCCUAGAGAACUGUGAGGAUGUGGCUGACUUCGACGAGACCUUCCGGUGGCCGGUGGCUAGCAGCGUUGACAGCAAUGAGAUGCUCGAGAUUCAGAUCUUCAACUACAGCAAAGUCUUCAGCAACAAGCUCAUCGGGACCUUCCGCAUGGUACUGCAGAAGGUGGUGGAGGAAAACCACGUGGAGGUGACCGACGCGCUGAUCGAUGACAACAAUGCGAUCAUCAAGACCAGCCUGUGCAUGGUGGUCCGGUAUCAGGCCACAGAUGGCACGGUGGGGUCCUGGGACGACGGGGACUUCCUGGGGGAUGAGUCCCUUCAAGAGGAAGAGAAGGACAGCCAGGAGACAGAUGGGUUGCUCCCCGGCUCCCGCCCCAGCUCCCAGCCGCCAGGAGAGAAGAGCUUCCGCAGAGCCGGGAGGAGCGUGUUCUCCGCCAUGAAGCUCGGCAAGAACCGGCCCCACAAGGAGGAGCCCCAGAGACAAGAUGAACCAGCGGUGCUGGAGAUGGAGGACCUUGACCGGCUGGCCAUCCGGCUGGUGGAUGGGCUGGAUCCUGACUCUGUCUCUCUAGCUUCCGUCACAGCUCUCACCACCAAUGUCUCCAACAAGCGAUCCAAGCCAGACAUUAAGAUGGAGCCAAGUGCAGGGCGGCCCAUGGAUUACCAGGUCAGCAUCACAGUGAUCGAGGCUCGGCAGCUGGUGGGCUUGAACAUGGACCCUGUGGUGUGCGUGGAGGUGGGUGACGACAAGAAGUACACGUCCAUGAAGGAGUCCACGAACUGCCCCUAUUACAAUGAGUACUUCGUCUUCGACUUCCACGUCUCUCCUGACAUCAUGUUCGACAAGAUCAUCAAGAUCUCGGUGAUUCACUCCAAGAACCUGCUGCGCAGUGGCACCCUGGUGGGCUCCUUCAAGAUGGACGUGGGAACUGUGUACUCCCAGCCUGAGCACCAGUUCCACCACAAGUGGGCCAUCCUGUCGGACCCUGACGACAUCUCCUCUGGGCUGAAGGGCUAUGUGAAGUGCGACGUGGCCGUGGUGGGCAAGGGAGACAACAUCAAGACGCCCCACAAGGCCAACGAGACAGACGAGGAUGACAUUGAGGGGAACUUGCUGCUCCCUGAGGGGGUACCUCCGGAGCGCCAGUGGGCCCGGUUCUAUGUGAAAAUUUACCGAGCGGAGGGGCUGCCCCGUAUGAACACAAGCCUCAUGGCCAAUGUGAAGAAGGCCUUCAUUGGUGAGAACAAGGACCUGGUGGAUCCCUACGUGCAAGUCUUCUUUGCUGGCCAGAAGGGCAAGACCUCAGUGCAGAAGAGCAGCUACGAGCCACUGUGGAAUGAGCAAGUAGUUUUUACAGACCUGUUCCCCCCACUCUGCAAGCGCAUGAAGGUCCAGAUCCGGGACUCAGACAAAGUCAACGACGUGGCCAUUGGCACCCACUUCAUUGACCUGCGGAAAAUUUCAAACGAUGGAGACAAAGGCUUCCUGCCCACGCUGGGCCCAGCCUGGGUGAACAUGUACGGCUCCACACGCAACUAUACACUGCUGGACGAGCACCAGGACCUGAACGAGGGUCUGGGUGAGGGUGUGUCCUUCCGUGCCCGCCUCAUGCUGGGCCUGGCUGUGGAGAUCCUGGACACCUCUAACCCGGAGCUCACCAGCUCCACAGAAGUGCAGGUGGAGCAGGCCACGCCCGUCUCGGAGAGCUGCACAGGGAAGAUGGAAGAAUUCUUCCUGUUUGGGGCCUUCCUAGAGGCUUCAAUGAUUGACCGUAAAAACGGAGACAAGCCCAUCACCUUUGAGGUCACCAUAGGCAACUAUGGGAAUGAAGUCGAUGGCCUGUCUCGACCCCAGCGGCCUCGGCCUCGGAAGGAGCCAGGGGACGAGGAGGAAGUAGAUCUGAUCCAGAACUCAAGUGACGAUGAGACUGAAGAGGGUGGGGACCUGGCCUCAGUCUCCUCUACCCCACCCAUGAGGCCCCAGAUCACAGACAGGAACUACUUCCACCUGCCCUACCUGGACCGCAAGCCCUGCAUCUACAUCAAGAGCUGGUGGCCCGACCAGCGCCGCCGCCUCUACAACGCCAACAUCAUGGACCACAUCGCGGACAAGCUGGAAGAAGGCCUGAAUGACGUACAGGAGAUGAUCAAGACCGAGAAGUCCUACCCCGAGCGGCGGCUGCGGGGUGUCCUGGAGGAGCUCAGCUGUGGCUGCCACCGCUUCCUCUCCCUGGCUGACAAGGACCAGGCACACUCGUCCCGCACCAGGCUGGACCGGGAGCGCCUCAAGUCCUGCAUGCGGGAGCUGGAGAGCAUGGGGCAGCAGGCGAAGACCCUGCGGGCUCAGGUGAAGCGGCACACGGUGCGGGACAAGCUGCGGCUGUGCCAGAACUUCCUGCAGAAGCUGCGCUUCCUGGCAGAUGAGCCCCAGCACAGCAUCCCUGACGUCUUCAUUUGGAUGAUGAGCAACAACAAGCGCAUCGCCUAUGCGCGGGUGCCCUCCAAGGACCUGCUCUUCUCCAUCGUGGAGGAGGAGCUGGGCAAGGACUGCGCCAAGGUCAAGACGCUCUUCCUCAAGCUGCCGGGGAAGCGAGGCUUCGGCUCUGCUGGCUGGACGGUGCAGGCCAAGCUGGAGCUCUACCUGUGGCUGGGCCUGAGCAAGCAGCGCAAGGACUUCCUGUGUGGCCUGCCCUGCGGCUUCGAGGAGGUGAAGGCGGCCCAGGGCCUGGGCCUACACUCCUUCCCACCCAUCAGCCUGGUCUACACCAAGAAGCAGGCCUUCCAGCUCCGCGCCCACAUGUACCAGGCUCGAAGCCUCUUUGCUGCCGACAGCAGUGGCCUCUCUGACCCCUUCGCCCGCGUCUUCUUCAUCAACCAGAGUCAGUGCACAGAGGUGCUGAAUGAGACCCUGUGCCCCACCUGGGACCAGAUGCUGGUGUUCGACAACCUGGAGCUGUAUGGGGAAGCCCACGAGUUGCGGGAUGAUCCCCCUAUCAUUGUCAUUGAAAUCUAUGACCAGGACGCCAUGGGCAAAGCCGACUUCAUGGGCCGGACCUUCGCCAAGCCCCUGGUCAAGAUGGCCGAUGAGGCGUACUGCCCGCCGCGCUUCCCGCCCCAGCUGGAGUACUACCAGAUCUACCGCGGCAACGCCACGGCCGGAGACCUGCUGGCUGCCUUCGAGCUGCUGCAGGUUGGGCCGGCAGGGAAGGCCGACCUGCCGCCCAUCAACGGCCCGGUGGACGUAGACCGAGGCCCCAUCAUGCCCGUGCCCGUGGGCAUCCGGCCCGUGCUCAGCAAGUACCGGAUCGAGGUGCUGUUCUGGGGCCUGCGGGACCUGAAGCGGGUGAACCUGGCCCAAGUGGACCGACCACGGGUAGACAUCGAGUGUGCAGGGAAGGGGGUGCAGUCAUCGUUGAUCCACAAUUAUAAGAAGAACCCCAACUUCAACACACUCGUCAAGUGGUUUGAAGUGGACCUCCCUGAAAACGAGCUGUUGCACCCGCCCUUGAACAUCCGCGUGGUGGACUGCCGGGCCUUCGGCCGCUACACCCUCGUGGGCUCCCAUGCCGUCAGCUCCCUGCGGCGCUUCAUCUACCGGCCCCCGGACCACUCGGCUCCCAACUGGACCACCACAGUCAGGCUCCUCCGGGGCUGCCGUGUGCUGUGCAAAGGGGGCCCCUCCUCUCACCCCACAGGGGAGGUCGUGGUGAGCAUGGAGCCCGAGGUGCCCGUCAAGAAGCUGGAGACCAUGGUGAAGCUGGAUGCGACCUCUGAUGCUGUCAUCAAGGUGGAUGUGGCUGAGGAGGAGAAAGAGAAGAAGAAGAAGAAGAAGAAGAAAGGCAGCUCCGAAGAGCAGGAGGAGGAGGAGCCGGACGAGAGCAUGCUGGACUGGUGGUCCAAGUACUUUGCCUCCAUUGACACCAUGAAGGAGCAACUGCGACAGCAGGACGUCUCGGGAUUUGACUUGGAAGAGAAGGAGGAGAUAGACAGCACCGAGGGUUUGAAGGGGCUGGUGAAAGGCAAGGACAAGGCAAAGGCCACGAAGGAAGAGAAGAAGAAGAGAGUCCAGGGGCCCAGCCCCAGCCAGGCAUCUGAGGCCCCCGAGAGGAAGAAAACCAAGAUUGAUGAGCUUAAGGUGUACCCUAAGGAGCUGGAGUCAGAGUUCGACAACUUUGAGGACUGGCUGCACACUUUCAACCUUCUGCGGGGCAAGACAGGGGAUGACGAGGACGGCUCCACGGAGGAGGAGCGCAUCGUGGGCCGGUUCAAGGGCUCCCUCUGUGUGUACAAAGUGCCACUCCCAGAAGACGUGUCCCGGGAAGCCGGUUAUGACCCCACCUAUGGCAUGUUCCAGGGCAUCCCCAGCAAUGACCCCAUCAACGUGCUGGUCCGCGUCUACGUGGUCCGGGCCACAGACCUGCACCCUGCAGACAUCAAUGGCAAAGCUGACCCCUACAUUGCCAUCCGGCUAGGCAAGACGGACAUCCGCGACAAGGAGAACUAUAUCUCCAAGCAGCUCAACCCUGUCUUUGGGAAGUCCUUUGACAUCGAGGCCUCCUUUCCCAUGGAAUCCAUGCUCACGGUGGCCGUGUACGACUGGGACCUGGUGGGCACCGACGAUCUCAUCGGGGAAACCAAGAUCGACCUGGAGAACCGCUUCUACAGCAAGCACCACGCCACCUGUGGCAUCGCCCAGACCUACUCCAUACACGGCUACAAUAUCUGGCGGGACCCCAUGAAGCCCAGCCAGAUCCUGACCCGCCUCUGCAAGGAGGGCAAAGUGGACGGCCCCCACUUUGGGCCCCCCGGGAGAGUGAAGGUGGCCAAUCGGGUCUUUACUGGGCCCUCGGAGAUCGAGGAUGAGAAUGGUCAGAGGAAGCCCACGGAGGAGCACGUGGCGCUGUGCGCCCUGAGGCACUGGGAGGACAUCCCCCGGGUGGGCUGCCGCCUGGUGCCGGAACACGUGGAGACGCGGCCGCUGCUCAACCCUGACAAGCCGGGCAUCGAGCAGGGCCGCCUGGAGCUGUGGGUGGACAUGUUCCCCAUGGACAUGCCGGCCCCGGGGACGCCUCUGGACAUCUCCCCCCGGAAGCCCAAGAAGUACGAGCUGCGGGUCAUCGUGUGGAACACGGAUGAGGUGGUGCUGGAGGACGACGACUUCUUCACGGGGGAGAAGUCCAGUGACAUUUUUGUGCGGGGGUGGCUGAAGGGCCAGCAGGAGGACAAGCAGGACACGGAUGUCCACUACCACUCCCUGACCGGCGAGGGCAACUUCAACUGGCGCUACCUGUUCCCCUUCGAUUACCUGGCUGCCGAGGAGAAGAUCGUCAUCUCCAAGAAGGAGUCCAUGUUCUCCUGGGACGAGACCGAAUACAAGAUCCCCGCGCGGCUCACCCUGCAGAUCUGGGACGCCGAUCACUUCUCCGCCGACGACUUCCUGGGGGCCAUCGAGCUGGACCUGAACCGGUUCCCGCGAGGCGCAAAGACGGCCAAGCAGUGCACCAUGGAGAUGGCCACGGGGGAGGUGGACGUGCCCCUGGUGUCCAUCUUCAAGCAGAAGCGCGUCAAAGGCUGGUGGCCCCUCCUGGCCCGCAAUGAGAAUGAUGAGUUUGAGCUCACGGGCAAGGUGGAGGCUGAGUUGCAUCUACUAACAGCAGAGGAGGCAGAGAAGAAUCCAGUGGGCCUGGCCCGCAAUGAGCCUGACCCCCUGGAGAAACCCAACCGACCCGACACCGCCUUCGUCUGGUUCCUCAACCCCCUCAAGUCCAUCAAGUACCUCAUCUGCACCCGGUACAAGUGGCUCAUCAUCAAGAUCGUGCUGGCCUUGCUGGGGCUGCUCAUGCUGGCCCUCUUCCUGUACAGCCUCCCUGGCUACAUGGUCAAGAAGCUCAUAGGGGCGUGAGGGCCCCACGGCCCCUGCCACUCCUCUCCCAGGCCUGCGUGUUCACCCCUCCUUCGGCGUGGACUUUCUCAUCUCCCUGGGGAGUCUGAAGAGCCUUAGGUCCACCCUUCUGGCCUCUGGCCCCAAGAGCCUGCCCCCUGCUUGCUGGACUACGGACUCCCCACUGCCCAACCUUCCCGGCCCAGCCCCCUGCGGGCCUGGCCCCACUCCAUGGGCCCUGCCUGAGCGUGGGAAGUGUGGGAAGGGGUGAGGGGUCUGCCCCACCUUGCUGAGGCACCUUCUUCAGACCCUGGCUCCAGAGGAAGGUGCCCCAAACCCUCCCCCAGGCCCACCAGUCCAGGUUAAAGGCCCUAAUGAAAUGAACCAAGACUGGUGUUAUAGGUCAGUGCCCAGAGCUUUAAAAAGAACAAGUAAGCGAAAGUGUCGCCCUCCCCUCCCAGAAGGGGCCUGCGAGGAGAGCCACCACCACCAGCAUCUGCUCUGCAGAGGCGGGCCAUCCCCCACCCCUCGUCCCUGUCCCAGAGCUCCCUCUGUCCAGGCGGUGCCUGCAGGCCCAGAGGGCAGAGGGUGAGCCCCGGGCAGCACAGCAGGAGUCUGCACAGGGGAACCGUCCCACCUGUGCGAGCUCCUUUCUCUUGGCUGUUUUCCAUUCUUGAGUGGUUAUUUUUCUCUUAAUAAAAGAAAU